AUGUCUUCUUCUUCGGUUUGUUCUUAUUACUUGAGAGGAACGUGCUGGUUCGGGCCUCUAUGCUGGAACUCUCAUGAUCUAGGAACCGUCCCCACCUACAGACCGUACAAUAUGGACGAGGCGGAUACCUCAGCUGAAGAAAUCAACUUUGUUGUUGGAUCAAGGAGAGAAACUACUCCAAUGACUGCUUCACCAAAUAGAAGUAAUUCUAGACCUAGACAAAUAAAUCAAGUUCUUCCCAAUUCAGGAAAUAAGUCAUCGGAAACUCAUGAAACUGCACCGUCUGAAUAUAAAGGUAAAUGGUGCUUAAAAAAUAUUAAAACUGGGGAGACAAGAACAGGUUCACCCAAUAGUGUGAUUGUAGAAACUGAAAAAAAAUUAAAUGAAGCUGAAAGUUUGGUAGUAUCACUUCGUGAACAGCUGCGUGUUAAGAAUAAGAGAGACAAUUUCUCUUGGGUUGAACAUCUAAUGAAACAAUGCCUUGAAAGUGAUCUACAAUGUAAUAUAUGCUAUGAAAUGUUCAUCAAGCCUACUGUGCUUAGUUGCUCUCAUACAUUUUGUCAUGAAUGCAUAGAGUCAUGGACCCGAACAGUUAAUCACUGCCCAACAUGCCGAGCUUAUGUAAAACAUAAAUCAUACUGUCUAACUUUAGACACCUAUUUGGACAAAAUAGCUGACUGUUUACCAGAUGAAAUAAAAACAAGGCGGGAAACUUUAAAAGUCGAACGCAACAAUAAUAGAGUAUUAACUGUAGAGGUUAACAGAAGUCAAAGAAAUAAUGCAAAUAAUCAAUUCAUGCGUCAAACAUCAGGUGUGAACAUAUCGGGUGAACAUGAACAACAUCGCUCUGAAUUGGCUAUUUCCAUGCAAAAUCUAAUUUUUGAUGUACAAUUUGGUGUAAAUAGAGAUGAUUGGGAUGACUGGGAUGAUUAA